AAGGCGAUGAAGGCGAUGAUGGGGAAGCUCGACCCCAUCGGGACCGCUGGUUUACGCCGUUUUUGCUUUUCUCGCCGGCGCCUCCCGAUCUCACUCGCUCGGCCGCGAUGGUCUGAGAACUGCUGGAUCCGAUCGUCUCGUCGGUUGUUAUCUUCUUUGUGACUGAGAUUUUUUAUCGGCAGACUGGAACUUCUCCUUUUUUUUUUAAUGGGAUCUCUUAUCCCGGACGCUUCUUUUGCGAGUUUGUGGAGUUAAGGUCGGAAAAUAAUUCGAUUUUGUAGCAAUUCGACAAGAAAUUUUCUUUAUUGGACCAUUCGGUACAUCGUGGAUUCAUAGGUAUGCUCGUUUUGACCAGUAUUGAUUUUUUUUUUUUUUUUUUUGUGUGUGUGAUAUUUCUUUUCAAUUUGUUAUGAUAUUAGAGGGAUGUUGAAUGAAAAGAUGGUUUUUUUGGCUAAUUUUUCGUUGAACAAUCUUUUACCUGUGGUAGAACUAGGACGAAUUUAAUCUGUCAAGGAAAAGUUGCUCGUUUGACCAGUGGGUUGAUUUUUUUUUUUUUAAUUGUUUCAGCGGAUUCGAAAGGGAUAUUCUUAUCUCGAUCGCUUUCCUGUAUCGAGAUCGUUCUGAGAGCAAGUUUUGUGGGGCGAUUCCACCAAAUUUGGGCCUUUCCCCCUGUAACAUAGAUGUCUAUGGCUUUUAAACGUUUUUCUUUCUGGAUUUGGGGCGGGAAAGAUCAGGAAUCCCCCAAUUCACCACUCAACACUUCUGAUUUCCCCUCUGGAUCCAAGGAACUGGAUUGCUUGAGGUUUCCGCCAGUCAGUGGACCUAGGGCAAGGUCAAAUUCAAGAAGAGUUAAGAAAAGGUGGCAAAGCCGUGAAGAACGGCGGAUCGAUAAGGAGUAUGAUAUUGUUCUUGUGCCAUCAGAUGGUGGAUGCAUGUCAGGGUCGGAGUCUGAUGAUUCUGAUUGGUCUAUUGGGUGGUUGGAACCUCAUGGCCCUGAGUUUCAGAACGAUUCUGAAAUGGAGAACAGCUUCUCAGUCUUGGUACGGUGUUACGGACGUGGUUGCUCUGUGGAGGCAAAGAACUCCAGAUCUCAUGUCCUGGGAGCAAUCAAUUAUGUUGAGGAUGAUCUUUCUGAUGGCUACAAGCGUAUGGAAGAAUGGCUUUCUUCCCUUUGAAGGCGCCUGACUUUGUAAAUACUAUUACGCAGCUUGGCUUUGUGACUUCUUAGUAAAGACCAUAAACUCAGAAAAAGGGAAAACAAAAAACAAAAUUUCAGUUUGAAAGAAGUAGAAUCAUGAAGCAAUGGGUUUUCUUGGUGCAUAAAUUUCCUACUAGAGAACAUUUGCUUGGUGAUGAUGUUUUGGAAGGAAAUUGUUUCUUACCCCACAAAGAUGAUCAGAGAAGUUAAUUCAGACAAACAGCUUCAAACUUUUGAUAAGGUACAAUUCAUUUUACAUUGCGAUAGUUGAAAGUAGGAAUUGUCCGGUAACAGCUUUGCAACCUUGUGAAGCUUGAGAUUAUUUUGCAAGGGGGCUGGUGAAGUUAGGAAUUGUUUCAUUCUUUUAUCCCCUUAUUUUCUGCAUCCAGUUGAGGAUUUCGACCAUUGCAAAAUGUACAUAAAGCUUGUAAAUAUGACUUAAAACACCAAUGUGAAUACCUGCUAUCCUUUGCAAAUUUAGUUGUAAAUAGAAUAUGCUUUAGGAAGGCCAAGCUUCACCUCCCUGUAAGAUUGAAUUCUUAUUACUUCAAGGUUUCUUUUAUUGUCGAAUU